GCUUAUCACAGAGGAACUAAGGCGGGAAGAUGUUACAUGGUUACUUACUUUGGAAGCGUCCUUUUUCAUCCUUUGAAGAUAUCAUUUAUAUACACAAAUCAAACAGAGAAAAACACGAUUACAUAUUAUAGAAUUUACUGAAAUAGCUUCAGGUUUUAGUGAAAGGGAAAAGUAUGAAUUAAAGAAAAAAUACUUAUUUACGUUUUGACGGAAAUUCAAAAUGGAUCAAUAAAUUGAACUUAAUUCCUGGAGUUAUCUUAGAAACCUCUCAGAGCUUGAGGACUCCGUCAGGAACUGAAGUGCAAAGAAGGACUGAAAAAUUAUGUGAAAACGUAUUGGAUACAAAAUAAUCAUGCGUGUUUACCUAAUCAUUUGCAUAUUGGUUAAUGUUUCAUGGAUAAAGGAGUUUUGUUGUUGGCUUGAAGAUAUAAAAUGUACAAAUAUGACGGAAAAUACUCAAAUCGAAAUAACCUCGAGUUACAGUUUGGAUAUUUAUUUGGAAAAUAAAACGAUCAAUGUGUGCUCAGCUUCAACGGCGUGUCACUGUUACCAAAAUAUAUUCAGUGAUGAUACCUUUCGACAAAUAAAGCCUAUAACUGUUCAACAGGGAGUCUCCGUAAAUAUAACAGCAUACAGUGGAGGAACUAUGCAGUUUUAUACAACAACUACAGAACAGUUUCAGUCUUGUACGGUCAACAACAACGAAACAGUUCCAUCUUUCAACAUUUCUACAACUGCUUGCCAAAUACCAAUGGAAAUGUUGAACACUGGAUCUAAUCUUUUUAUCUGCGAUGAUCCAAAUAAUUCAGAAAUGACCUGUGAAAAAGGUUGUCGUUUGAAUGUAACAGUUAAAGAGAAUGAAUGUCAGAACAAUGCAUCACAGAGCAUCUGUAGUGGAAAUGGUCGAUGCACUUCGGCGUUAAACGAGACAACGUUUACUUGCAACUGUUUUGACGGUUUUAUUGGAGAGACCUGUGGGAUAAUAUACACAUAUCCUAAUAUUUCAUCUGAGUGCGCAGACACGUAUUGUAGAAACGGCGGGACAUGUGUCACGGAAACAUCUGCAAAAUUGGCAUUUAACGUUUCAACAUGGAAAUGCGAAUGCCCUCCUAAUGUUACUGGGGAAUAUUGUGAGACAAUUUUGAGUCAAUGUAAGUCCAGUCCUUGUGUGAACGGUGUUUGUGUGGAGCAUGCGGAAGGAUUUCAGUGCUACUGUGUCCCUGGUUUCCAUGGCCGAAACUGUGAACUAGAGUACAACGAAUGUUUGAGCAAUCCGUGUUUAAACGGAGGUACAUGUAUCGACAGAGUGGACAAAUAUGAAUGUAGUUGUACAUCUGAGUAUAGAGGAGUCACGUGUCAAGACAAGGUUGAUCUUUGUAAGCCGAAUCCUUGCCGUAUGAAUUCUACAUGUACUACAAUACAUGAUUCAUUCCAGUGUACAUGCCCACACAGUUACACAGGGAAGCUCUGUAAUGAAAAGAUGAAGUCAUGUUCUUCUAGUCCGUGUAAGAAUCAUGGUACCUGUAUCGACUUUGAAAAUGGUUACCAGUGUAUGUGUCCAGUUACUUUUGCGGGACUACAUUGCGAGUAUAUGAUGGACGUGUUUGCUCCGCCGAUGGAAGGGGCGGAACUAUCAGGGAAGGCGCAUAAACACAAUAUGUAUAUUGUUGCUGGAACUCUGGGAAGCAUGGUACUUAUAGUGAUAUCUGUAGCUAUUGCCUGCUACUGUAAAAUUUACGAGACGUAUAAACAACUAAUGUGGAAACGUUUACGGUAUCACCGGCAACGAUCAAACUCCUGCCCGGACUUGGAAUCAUGCAACGAACCAAACUAUAUCGGUAAACAUCGUCUGAGUGCUGAUGCUAUUUGGGAGGCAACCAGUCUAUGUCACGAGAACGCAGCGUUUGAACAUUCCAGUAACCACCAGACAUUCACAUCAAUGCAGAUAUGAACCUUUCAGUUUAAUAUUACUAUUACAUUGUAUUAGUUACAAGAUAUGUAAACACUUUUCUUAUAGACCAGUGAAAGUCGCCUCGUUCUGUUGGUAACAAAGGUUAUCAUAUAUAAGACUCUGUUACCCUGGAUACCAGGAGCAAAGGACGUGCGUUUGGGUUAAAAAGAAAUAACAGGAAAGAUGGAGGAAGUUGACAAAACAAUUGUAAAGAUAUUUAUUUUCGUCAUGUGCAAACUGAGGUCUAACUAUAGUAAAGGAACCAGUGUGGGAGCCAUCUGGUCGCGUAAUGGCGGAUAGGUUUUUGAAUACUAAUUUUUCACUUGGCAAGGCAACAGAGGUCUAAAUUAUAGCUAGUUUCUGUUUAAAUUUCAUUGUGGAUGUAUUUUGGUAGUGAAGCUCAAUUUUAGUAUGAGUAGUACUUCAAGGUCACAGCAGUGUGAUUUUGAUGUGAUUUUACAGUCAGCAAAUGUGACAAGAGAAAUCUCUCUUAGAAGAUAUGUGACCCCUACUUUUCUCUUCAUUUAAUAUCAGUUUUAUCAACACUCUUUAGGUAAGGAUUUGUUCUGUGAAAUGGGUCUAGCUAUGCUUGGUAGCUCUUUAAAAAUGUCAGUUUGUAUAGAAUAUAUAGGGAAAACUAUUUACCUGUUUGUGACCUACAUAUAAGCGCACGCACCUUCUUGUAAAAAAAGAUUGUGAAACAUCUAAUAAAUGAUUUUAAUGUUGUUUAAAAAGAAUGAAAUACUUAUUUGAUAAUUAUUAACAAUUGCCGAAUUUUCACUGUUGAAGAUGCGCCCGCUUUUUUCACUCAUGUUAUAUGCUCGGAAAGCAGAUAUAUUUUUCUGGGGAAAAAAGAAACAAGUUCUUCCGUUCAUCUAUUAUAAAACAUAUUUUUACACUUUUAAAGUAGCUCUGCCACUCAGCUCGUCCUCUUUGUUCAAUAAAGAAAGCGCAUUUCUACGAAUUUUGAGUUAACGAGUUCCAUUUCUUGACAGACAUAUUUUGUCCGUUUCUGUUUGAUGAAAGACAUACGUUCUCCACCUGUAAUUCAUGCGAGACAAUGACAGUUAGCUGCGGAGAAGACAUUACAACCUUUCCCGAU